CGUCAUAGGUUCCAAAUUAUUAAAAAGUCAAGCGACGACUAUGUCCCAGACAUUCCACCAAGAAUCCCUCCUCUCAAAUUUCCAUUCAUUCAUCUGGCAAAACCCAUCCAUCUUCCUCCCAAACUUUCUCCUCCAUCUGACCAUCUCCCUCCCUCCCUCCCUCCCUCUCUUUCUGUGUCUCCGUCUCUUCCCUGUUGUGAAACGAAAAUGCUGGGGAAGAGGAUGGUAUCGAUCAAGAAGCUGGCGAGGAAGGUGAAGGGAGUUGGAAUUGGAGCAGACCAUGAUCCUGAUCCUGCCCACCACGAGUGUUUGCUCAAGGAAUAUGCGCAAGAAUCUUCCAACGCCAUACCGAUUGGUUAUUUUCCGCUCUACGUGGGGGAGGAACGUCAGAGAUAUGUGGUUCCCACCGCAUAUCUGUCUCAUCCUUUGAUCAAGAUCUUGUUGGACAAGGCUUACCAUGAGUUUGGGUUUCAGCAGAGGAAUGGCCUCGUGCUUCCCUGCAGCGUGGCCACGUUUCAGGAGGUAUUAGCUGCUAUACAAUGCAGCAAUGGCACGUUUGACUUGGCCAAGAUUUUUGAGGAUCUUAUUUGAGCUGCAUUAAACCACAAAAGCAUCCUGUUUUUCUUUGUUUUUAUUGGGGUUAGUGUUCAAAUGCAUCCCAUCGAUGUGUAGCCUCUUCUUGUGGGGGGUUGUAUUUGAAGGAUGCAAUAUUAGGUAAAAGCAGAAGAUAGACACGAGUAGGGGCAUGUAUAUCCUAGAUCGCCGAUCCAGCUUGAACUUCAAAUUGCAAUGGAAAAGCCAUUGUUAGUUCAGGGAGUUUUACGAACAGAAUUCACCUUACAUUUACAACUGUCAUCCGCGAAGCAGACUCAGUGAUCAGUGGCAACAAUUGCGCAGGUGGGACGGAACUAGCUAGUCAACUGCCUGGGUUAACGGGGGCUUUAAUUUGGUCAUGAACAGUAUAUGAUUAGAUUUCUGAGAAGGACCAUCUGAAUUAAUUUUCCACUUUUACAUUUAAGCAAUCCUUGAAGCAGAUAGUGAAAUUCAAAAAAGAAGAAAGAAGAAAGAGGGAAAGGGGUGACCAAUAGGCAUAGUUUCAUUUCUUGAUGCUUCAAAGUGCAUGCCACAUUGUUUUCAAUUCUCAUCCUGAGUGAAAAGAAAAUAUGUUGGGUUC